AUGUGGAAGCUGAAGGUCGGCAAGGCGGCAAGCAGCGACCCGCUGCUUAGCUCCCCGAAUGGGUUCGCCGGGCGGGAGGUGUGGGAGUUCGUCCCCGGCGCCGGCACGGCGGAGGAGCGCGCCGAGGUGGAGAACCUCCGCCGCGACUUCACCCGCAACCGCUUCACGCGCAGGGAGAGCAACGACCUCCUCAUGCGCAUGCAGGAAUGUUAUGCAAGACAGAACAAAGCUGUCACAACUCUUGCAGUGAACAAGAUUGAGGAUUGUUCAGAAAUCACGGAAGAAGUGGUAUUAACUGUUUUGAGGGGUGUUCUGAAUCAAUAUUCUUCUCUUCAAUCAGAAGAUGGGCAUUGGCCCGGUGGUUACUGUGGGAUUUCCUUCAUUUUGCCACUCAUGAUAUUCGCUUUACACGUGACUGGAUCAAUCAAUGAUGUACUUUCAUCGGAGCACAUACGCGAGAUAUGUCGCUACAUUUACAACAUGCAGAACGAAGAUGGGGGUUGGGGGACAUCUACACUGGGCCCCAGCUCCAUGUUUGGUUCAUGUGUUAACUAUGCAACCUUAAGGCUCUUGGGAGAGGUGCCUGAUGAGCAGAAUGAAGGAUUAUCCAAAGGACGUGCCUGGAUUUUGUCUCAUGGAACUGCAACUGCAGCACCACAGUGGGCAAAGAUAUAUCUCUCGGUAAUUGGUGUAUACGAAUGGAAAGGGAAUAAUCCGAUUAUUCCUGAACUAUGGAUGCUCCCACAUUUUCUUCCCAUUCAUCCAGGUAAUUUUUGGGGUUUCUGUCGGAUGGUUUAUAUGCCAAUGUCUUAUAUUUAUGCCAAAAGAAUUGUUGGCCCCAUCACUCCAACUAUAAUGGCAAUGAGAGAAGAGCUGUACAGUGUACCAUACAAUAAGAUCGAUUGGGACGAUGCUCGCCGUUCUUGUUGCAAGGUUGACAUGAUUUAUCCCCCUUCAUGGUUGCAAAAAGUCACUAUGGCUUCUCUGCAUAAGUUUGUGGAACCAGUAUUUAAUAUGUGGCCCAUGAAUAAAAUAAGACAAAGGGCUUUGACCAACUUGAUGGAUCAUAUUCAUUAUGAAGAUGAAAAUAGCAAUUAUAUUGGUUUAUGUCCUAUUAACAAGGUUUUAAAUAUGAUCUGUUGUUGGGUAGAAAAUCCAAAGUGCUCUGGAUUCAAGAGACAUCUUCCAAGGAUCAAUGAUUACCUAUGGAUCGCUGAAGAUGGAAUGACCUCAAAGGUGUAUAGUGGUUGUCAGUCUUGGGAAAUGGCAUUUAUAGUUCAGGCCUUUUGCUCCACAGGACUUACGCAUGAGUAUGGUGAAACUGUUAGAAAAGCCUACGAUUUUCUAAAGAAUUCACAGGUUAUCCAGAAUUGUCCUAAUUACAAAAGUUUUUACCGUGAAAGAUCAAAAGGUUCUUGGACACUAUCAAAUGGUGAAAAUAGCUGGUCCAUUCCUGAUACUACUGCUGAAUGCCUUAAGGCAUUAUUGUUGUUGUCAAAGAUUGCAUCAAACGAUAUAGGUGUUCCAAUAAAAGAAGAAAGGUUAUAUGAUGCUGUUGACGUACUACUUGCAUAUACGAACAAGGAUGGUACAUUAUCAUCAAUAGAAACUAAGAGAACAACUUCAUGGUUGGAGUUUUUAAACCCUUCUGAGAGUUUCCGGAACAUCAUCGUAGAUGAACCUCACCCUGAAUGCACGUCAUCACUAAUUCAGGCUUUGGUAUCAUUCAAAGAGAUUUACCCUGGCUACCGCCACAAAGAGAUAGAAAAGAUCAUCAAAAGUGGUGCACUAUUCAUUGAGAAAACCCAACGAAAGGAUGGUUCAUGGUAUGGAUCUUGGGCUGUAUGUUUUACCUAUGGUACCUUCUUCGCUAUAAAAGGUCUAGUUGCAGCAGGGAGGACAUACCAGAACAGCUCGUCCAUCCGAAAUGCUUGCAAUUUCUUGUUGUCAAAGCAACAAACUACAGGUGGAUGGGGAGAGAAUUACCUUGGUUGCCAAGUUGAGGAGUAUGUUGACAACGGGAGGCCUCAUGUAGUGAACACUUGUUUGGCAAUGUUGGGCUUAUUAUAUGCCGGACAGUUCGAACUUGAUCCAUUACCACUAUACCGUGCUGCAAAAGAGCUAAUCAACAUGCAGCUGGACACAGGAGAAUUUCCACAGCAAGAAAUCGUUGGGAACUUCAAUUCGUCCCUCUUCUUCAACUAUCCAAACUACAGGAAUUUGUACCCAAUCUGGGCUCUUGGAGAGUUCCGCCGCCGACUUCUUGCAAAAAUGGGUUAAAUAGAUAUCCCAUGUCUACUUGUACCGUAUUAAACUUGCUGAUUUCAGAAUAAAAAAGAUGAUUUAUGCAAUAGCAAACCACGUAGUAGUGUAUAAUGUAUUGUUGCAAACCUGGGGAUAUCAGUUAAAUAUAAUGCCACUGUUAUUUCAGCAAAAAGGUAUAAGU